AAAGAACACCUGCAACUUGCGCAUCCUACUUUCCUUUCCUCAUCUUCCUCAUCCAAGAACAUCCCUAACGAACUCUUGCCCUGACGAACAGUGACGUUUCCUCGUACACUCCUAAUUCUUAAUCAACAUCUUCACUCAACACACACAACACCGUCAAAAUGGGUUUCUCUGCUGGUGACUCCAAGAAGGGUGCAAACCUCUUCAAGACCCGUUGCGCUCAGUGCCACACCCUGAAGGAGGGUGAGGGCAACAAGGUCGGCCCUGCUCUGCACGGUCUUUUCGGCCGCAAGUCUGGUCAGGUUGAUGGUUUCUCUUACACCGACGCCAACAAGUCAAAGGGUGUUACGUGGGAGGAGGAGACUCUCUUCGCCUACCUCGAGAACCCCAAGAAGUACAUUCCCGGCACCAAGAUGGCCUUCGGUGGUCUCAAGAAGGAGAAGGACCGAAAUGACCUCAUCACUUUCUUGAAGGAGUCCACCGCAUAGAUUUAUUAUGAACGACCUGUAACGAUAAGGACUGCAUAGACGGACUGGCCAACUGUGUAUUUAUAGAAUAGACUGCUUAUGGCGUCCCCGUUGGUGCGAUCAAUAGCCGCAUAUAUCCCCCCCCCCCCCCC